AUGAAAAACUUUCUUAGAUAUCACCAAAUAGGUUUUGUGGGGCUGGACUUGUUCCUGCUUGAGAACCAACUUCCUUUUGGAGUCCUCAAGUUGAUUUUUGAGGGAACAAGUUUACCAGUGGAAGAGACGAUUAAAGAAUUCAUCACCAACACCAUAAGGCCAGAAGGGUCGACAUCAGAAAUACAGCUGAAAGAGGAGAACAAAGAGCCCUCUCAUCUCCUCGACCUUUUGCGAAGUGCUCUCCUAGGCAGGUAUAAAAAGAUUAGCAAGCAAGAACUGGGGAGUCAGCCGGAACAAGAGCAGGAAGCUGAAAAAAAGGGAGAGUCGUCGUCGUCGUCUCGAGGAAGAGAUGGGGGGUUCUGUUGCCCAUGGAAAAAAGGCAAACAACAAGGCAAUUGGCCGUCUUUUCGACACAUCAAGGAGCUUAAAGCUGCCGGGAUCCAUCUCCAACCGAGUGCAACGAGUUCCUUGACAGACAUUUCUUUCAAUUCCUACUUCUUCUAUGGCUACCUGAAACUUCCCCCAAUAAUCGUUGAUGACUCCACGAAGCCCAAGUUCUUGAACAUUGUAGCCUAUGAAAUGUGUCCAGAUGCCCCAGAUGACUAUGCGGUCACUUCUUAUGUAUGCUUCCUUUACGAGCUCAUUGAUCAUGCAGACGAUGUCAAGGAGCUGAGAUCUAAGCACAUUCUCUACAACUGUCUUGGCAGCGAUGAAGAUGUGGCCAAAAUUUUCAACGAGAUUGGCAAUGACGUGGUAGAUCCCGAUGCUUAUAAAGAAGUGAAAACUAGUAUUCAGAAACACUACGACAAGAGAGUGAAUACUUGGAUAGCUGAAGGUCUUCACGAACAUUUCAGGUCUCCAUGGACUAUCAUUGCUUUCAUUGUUGCUGUUUUGGUACUACUUUUUACUGGGGUUUCGACCUACUACGCUCUUCCCGGUAAAUCUUCUUACCGGAUUUCAGACCUACUUCGCUCUUCCCGCUAA